AACAUGUUAUGUUAUCUUUUAAGAUUAUUUAUUUCAGGCUCAAUGAUGCUAAAAUAAAAUAAUAUAAAUUAAUAUACGUCGCCGUUGCCUCGACGAUCUUGUCAGGACCUCCUGCAGCUUAUUGCUCCAUCAUUUUGCGCUUUUUUUUUCCCUGGUAUAAUUAUAUAUUUGAUACAGUACAUAAGUUUACUGCAUAUCCCCAACAAUGGAGUUCCCAUUUCCCAUCAUUUCUGCCAUCUGUGCUUUCCUUCUCUUCCUCGUCAUGCUAAACAUACUAGUGAAAUCCAAAGCCAACAAGAACUCAACCCUUAAGCUCCCUCCGGGGCCUUGGAAAUUGCCUUUUAUCGGAAACGUUCACAGUCUUCUGGGCUCACUCCCCCAUCACAAGCUUGCAGAUUUGGCCCAAAAACAUGGAUCCCUGAUGCACCUGCAACUAGGUGAAGUUUCCACUAUUGUUGUUUCCUCUGCAGAAGUUGCUGAAGAGGUCUUGAAAACCCAUGAUAUUGUCUUCGCUCAAAGGCCUCUCCUUAUUGGGUCCUCCAUCUUAUUUUAUGAUUGUGUCGAUGUUGCGUUUUCUCCCUACGGUACCUAUUGGAGACAACUUCGAAAAAUUUGCACAGUGGAACUUCUCAGCCCAAAGCGCGUCCAAUCCUUCCGGUCCAUCAGGGAAGAGGAGGUUUCUAAUCUCAUCAAAACAAUUUCACUGACAGGCAACUCUCCUAUCAAUCUUUCUGAGAAACUUUUCCUCCUCACGCUUAGCAUAAUAUCGCGAGCUGCAGUCGGGAAAAAGUGCAGAGAUCAGGAAGAAUUCAUUGCAACCAUGCAACAAUCUUUAAGUCUGUCCUCAGGUUUUGCUAUUGCUGAAAUGUACCCUUCAAUCAAAGUGCUUGAACUGAUGAGUGGAUUAAGGCCAAAACUUGAGAAGCUACAUCGACAAAUUGAUAGGAUAAUUGAGAAUAUCGUUCAGGAGCACAAAAGCGAGGCCACAGCCUCUCAAGUGAACGGUGGUGAAGUAGAAGAAGAUCUUAUUCAUGUUCUUUUAAAGCUUCAAGAACAGGGAAGUCUUGAAGUUCCUCUCUCUGAUGCAGGUCUUAAAGCAAUUAUCCUGGAUGUAUUCACUGCUGGGAGUGAGACAUCUUCAACAACAAUAGAGUGGGCAAUGACAGAACUGUUGAAGAAUCCAAAGCUGAUGGAGGAGGCACAGGCUGAAGUAAGACAAGUAUUUAAUCGGAAAGGAACUGUAGAUGAAACAGGAAUACAUGAGCUGAAAUUUUUGAAAUCUGUAAUCAAAGAGACCUUGAGACUACACCCUCCUUUAUCUCUUAUUCCAAGAGAAUGUCGCACAAGUUGUGAGAUUAAUGGAUAUAAUAUACCUGCCAAGACGAAAGUUGUCAUUAACGCAUGGGCAAUUGGUCGAGAUCCAAAAUAUUGGGUCCAAGCCGAGAGGUUCCGUCCAGAGAGAUUUCUUAACAGUUCAAUUGAUUACAAGGGGAUGGAUUUUGAGUAUCUCCCUUUUGGUUCAGGAAGGAGGAUGUGUCCUGGAAUAUCAAUGGCUCUUGCCAAUGUUGAGUUGCCACUUGCACAAUUGUUAUACCACUUUGAUUGGAAACUUCCCAGUGGAUUGAAGCCUGAAGAUCUUGACAUGACCGAGGCCUUUGGCUUGACAAUAAGCAAGAAAGAGAAGUUGUAUUUAAUCCCAAUACCUUAUCAUCCUUUUUCUGUUGAAUAAUGUCAGGAAGAAGCUACAACAUCUAUUUCAUAUAAAUUUAACAAACUACGCAAGGGAUGUACCUGUAGAAGAAAUAAAAUAAACAGAAGAAAUAUGAUUUCUGAUAUGAUAAGUGCAAGAGAGAAGUAUUAUCUUUAA